AUGGAUUCUCCUACUUUCACCCAAAACACCAACCCCAGCCUUACUGUCGCACAGACAGUCGAGCAGAUGCCCGCACCUCCCACCGACAAGGCUGGCAUGGAGCCUAACAGCCUCCCUCACAGCACCACGUGCACCUGCGAGUGGUGUGGCGGAUGCCGACGCCCGAUUCAUCACUGGGGCUCCCUUCGAACCAAGGAGGGGAUGGCGAAGCUCAGGGCCAUUCACAACAGCGACGAGUCCAAGGUGCUCAACUAUGAAUGUGGCCGACUGUGGUAUCAAAAGGACGCUCCGGUCCAAAUCACUUGUGCAGUCUGGAAAUACACUUCAAUAAUUUGCUUUGUGUGA